AUGGUUAUUAAAGAAAGACAAGAAAAUGCUAAAAUGAAAAACAGAUUCCCAAUAAUAGGAGUAGAGCCAGUGAUGUUUUUGUAUAUGGGCGCCUAUAUGAUGACAUCUGUUGUUGGGGAACAAUUUUUUAUUUUUAAAGCCUGUACGGUUAAUCUGGGAUUUCCAAAAAAUGUUUGUGAUCAUAUUAUGGACAAAGCUAAUCAAAAUUACAAUAAAUUAGUGCAGGUUGAGGUUUCUAAAUUCUUUCAAUAUGAAGGGGUGGCAUCUAAUGCUAUACCUUUCAUUCUUGCAUUCAUUCUCGGUGGGUGGAGUGACCGUGUUGGUCGCAAACUGCCCUUACUUCUUGGUCUUUUCGGAUGCUUAAUAUAUUAUUUUGCUCUGUUUCUCAACACUAUAUUUGAGAGAUGGCCACUGGAGACAAUUCUUUAUACCGCCUGUUUUCCUUCUGCACUAACUGGAAUGAACUUGUCCGUUUUCAUGGCUUGCUUUGCUUAUCUCUCGGAUACAACACCUGUUGAUCAAAGAACCGUUAGGACAACACUGCUGGAAGUAGCUUAUUUGUUGCCUAUGCCGAUUGGUACAGCUCUUGGUUCUUACUUAUAUAAUGGUCCUUUAAAGAUUUCCUUCGAAGGUAUGUUCCUCAUCAAUUGCGUAAUCUUAUUAAUCGCUAUAUUUUAUACAUUAUUGGUAAUACCUUGGAGAACAAGCGAUCCUCCAAAAGAUGAACGCAAUGCCUGUUCGCUCGGCCAUAUUGUCGACACACUGAAGACAUUGUUUGUAAAAAGAAAGGAAGGACGGAGGAUGAUAUUUAUUUUAUGUCUAAUAGGUAUGGCUGUAUAUACCUUGCAAAGGGAUGAAAGCCGCAUGAUGCAACUCUAUACCCAGUUAAAAUUUAAUUGGACUGUAAAAAAUUACAGCAAUUUCAGAACGUUUCAGUCAGCAUUAUUCAUUUUAGGAUUACUAGUCGGCAUUCCACUUCUUCAGAAAUGUUUUCAGCUAAGAGAUACUUUUAUUAUGAUCAUUGGAGCAACAUGCCAUAUUUCUGCAAGAGUUAUUUUCAUCAUUGCUCAAGCUCCUGAAUGGUAUUAUGUAGGAGCUGCAGUUUCUACUUUGGGUCCAGUAGUUGCUCCAGUCCUGAGGUCUAUGACAUCUAAAUUAGUUCCUCAAUCAGAAAGAGGAAAGGCAUUUGCAUUGUUAUCAGUGACUGAUACAACUGUACCAUUGCUUUCCGGAUUUGUGUUUUCCCAGGUCUACAUACACGCAAUAAACACUCCAUUCCCUGAAGCAUUUUUUCUGGUGGUUGUGGUUAGCCAGACGAUUGUCUUUUUUAUUGCUCUUUUCGUCAAUGCCAACCUACAUGGAAAAAAUAUUUCCGAAGCCCAAGAAUGUUCAGAAGAAACAAGCAGUCAACAAUAG